AUGAAGGCAGCCAUCCUGAUUCAGCAGUGGUACAGGCGUUAUUUGGCGAGGAUGGAAGUACGGAGGCGUUACACGUGGACCAUAUUUCAGAGCAUCGAGUACGCCGGCGAGCAGGACCAAGUUAAAAAAUUAGAAAGAAAGAGGCACAGCAAUGUCCUCGUCAAGUGA